GGACAGCUAGCUUUUUUUUGCAAUCCCGUCACGUGAUCUUUACUGAGCUCUAGGCGGCAAGAUGGUGGACCGGCUAGCACACUCUGAGGCCAACAAGAGGAGGAUCCAGCAUGUACAGAGCUGUUUUGGAAGCUCAGGCCAGCCCUUAUGGCUGGAAAACAAAUCUAGAGUUCUAGUCGGAGAAGGAGUUCUUACAAAAUUAUGCCGCAAGAAACCAAAGCCAAGACAGUUUUUUCUUUUCAAUGACAUUUUAGUGUAUGGAAAUAUAGUUAUAAACAAGAAAAAGUACAACAAACAGCAUAUUAUUCCUCUUGAAGAAAUCAAGUUGCUGACUUUAGAGGAUGAUGGAAAUCUCAAGAAUGGAUGGCAGAUAAUAAGUACGAAAAAAUCAUUUGCGGUGUAUGCUGCUACUGCUACAGAAAAGGCAGAAUGGAUGGCUCAUAUCAACAAAUGCAUUCAGGACCUGCUUGCAAAAACUGGCAAGAAGGCAGGUGGUGUCCAUGCAGCAGUUUGGGUGCCUGACAGCGAAGCUUCAACUUGCAUGAGCUGUAUGAAGACAAAAUUCACUGCAAUCAAUCGAAGGCAUCAUUGUAGAAAGUGUGGAGCAGUUGUGUGUGGGGCCUGCUCUACUAAGAAGUUUCUGCUGCCAGCCCAAUCAUCAAAGCCUCUUCGUGUUUGUAACUCUUGCUACAACACUCUGUCAAAUACAAAACCCAGGGCGCCAGGAGAAAAACCAGAAGCUCCUGUACCUAACAAGGAUGGCAAGUAUGAUGAUGAUACGUCUGGAGAAGAGAACAGUGACGAAGAAGAAUCUACCACAACGGUUGGAGAAGCAUAUGACGCAACGCCAACUUUUUACCAAGAGAAACCUGGAUCCCCCUCAGAGCAGCCAAUGGAUGAAGGACAAUAAUCAAGCUUAGUAAUUGAAAAAUAUACGGAGACAUAGGAAAGCUAUGGAUAGAGUGGCAAUCCUUCCAUCUUCUAAUUGUUAGGUGCUUUUAUACAAAUAACAGUAAUAUUAUGGUGGCGUCCAUGUGUGGGCUUGCCCUGCAUGCCCCAUGUAUUUUUGAAAUCAUUUUUUAGUGAUAUAGCGUUUUCACUUUCCCUCAAAAAAAUGAUACCAUAUGCUGCCAUGCUCAAAUAUAGAUGGAAGGGGGCUACCUUACCCCAAGCGUAAAAAUCACUAUUUUCAGAUGCAUGGUAUUCAGUAGCAUGAAUUAUAAAUAAGAAGUAACUUUCUCACCUGGGUCACUCGAGAAAAUUACAUAGGAUCAUCAGCCUUGAACAGACGCUGCUCUUUUCAAUUCAUCUAUUGUUCUUUUCAUUUACAUUUCCAAGUGCAAAUUCAUGCAAAUGACUCAAACCAAUUGUUUCAUGCUCAUUUACAUGCAUUUGCAAUGGUACAUGAUAAGAACAGCGUCUGUUCAAGGACGUAUAUGCAGUGACUUGUAAUAAAGGCAAAAAGUGAUCAAUAGUCUCAUGUGGAGCAAUUAAUAGUCAGAAAUGAAGUUCCCAAAAUUAUAUACUUUAAUAAAAUUAUACAGAAGCUGUG